AUGUCGCAUCUCAAUCUCCUCCGCAGCAUCCGCAGCAGGAAUUCCCAGAGCCCACCAGCUAACAGUCAAUCGCCUAACAGAAUCAAGGACAUUCGCCGACGCCCUCGAGGCACGACCCCGACUGGCGGUGCUGACGCAGUCCAACAACCCUCCAAUGCCUUCGGUGGCCUUUCUACCCCCAACUUUUCAAACCCCGCUCCCAGUUUUGGAGCUCCUCCAGCUCAAUCUGGAGGUUUCACUUUCGGCCAGACCCAAAGUCAAAGCUUCCCGGGAGCCAGCUCCGGCCCCAGCCAGCCCAGCCAGCCCAGCCAAAGCAGUGCUUCACCCUUCUCGUUUGGAGGCGGCGGCGGCGGCGGCAGCGGCGGUGCUGCUCAAACUGGCUUCAAUUUCGGGGGCUCUUCUGGUGGAUUUGGCUCUUCUACGUUCAACAACCCUUUUGCUAGCGAUGCUGGCAAAGCUGCCCCCACCCCGACUACCCAGAGCACUUCCUUCACAGGCUUCAGCUUCGGUAACCAAACCACUUCUCAGCCCGCACAACCAUCCCAGCCUGCCUUUUCCUUCGGUGCGCCACAAACCACGACUCCCUCGAUGGGCUCUGGCAUGUUUGGUCAAUCAAACGCCAUGAACUCCGCUUCCACCCCUGCUGAUUCUAUGCAAAUGUCACCGGACGCCAAACCAAAAACCUCCACUACGACCCCAUCAUCUUUCCAAAGCCGUAAUGUCUUCGGAGACUCGGCUCCCAAUUUGUUCUCUCCAAAGCCUGAUACCCCGGCCGGUAACCCAUUCAGUAACUUGAAUGGCACUUCGACCGCUGACAAGCCCGCGAGUGACAAGGCUGAGGGCUUUGCUGCCAAGCCUGCGUUUGCUGGUCAAUCAACCCCAGCAUCUAACCAAACUCCUCAAUUUGGAAACCUAUUUGGUGCCCCCGCUGCAACUGCGAAACCAUCAGAAUCUGAGAAGGCUGCAUCGACGAACAUGUUUGGAGCUGGCUCGGCCCAGUCUGCAUUCCCGGGCUUGUCGAGCCCGAAGCCUGCGACUGAGCAAGCCACUCAAAAUAACGUCUUCGCACCGAAGUCCACCUCGGAGCAGAAAACCGACACACCUGCCGAUGCCAACCCAUUCAAGAACCUCUUCGGAGCUGGCUCAGCCACUCCUCAAACGUCCGCCCCUCCGGCUCAGGCUUCUCCAGCUCAGAAUCUUUUCGCUCCAAAGCCAACCGCGGAGCAAACUCCCAGCAAACCUGCGGAGGCUCAGCCAUUCAAAAAUAUGUUUGGUGGAGCUCCUACUUCCAGCACGCCUAAACCUGCCGGGGCCUCGGCAUCUGCCAACCUGUUUUCACCUAAGCCAGCCGACGCCACGGUGUCCAAAUCUCUAUUUGGGGCCCCUGCUGGUACUCCCAAGCCUUUCGAAGCCCCCAAGGAGCAUCCAACCCCAGCACAAAAUCUUUUCGCUGCUAAGCCAGCCUCAGAUCAGCCCGCCACAAACAACCUAUUCGCAUCAAAAUCGGCAACAGACCAAGCUUCCGAGAAGCCCUCCAACUCCAACCCGUUUGGAUCUUUGCUUGGAGCAUCUUCCCCCAAGCCUAAUUCAUUGGAGCCGGAGCCCGCCAAACCCCAAUCUACCCCGACGCCAAAUCUAUUUGCACCUUCACCGGCCAAGGCACAGGUGUCGACAAACCCCGCCAGUUCUUUGGGCGGUCUCUUCGGCGCCAAGCCCGAUACGACCGCGCAGGCCACUGCUCCUCCUCCGUCAAUCUUUUCAAAUUCUAAGCCGACGGUUGCUCCUCCGAUUCCGAAGUCGGGUUUGGCUGAUAGCGUGGACAAGAGCAAUUCUGAACUAGUGAAGAAGCUUCGCAUUCUGGAUACAAUUUUCAAGGAGGAGUUGUCCACCUACCAACCUGGCGUGGAUGGGUUUGACCGUUUGAUUAUGCAUUAUCUGGCUGUACGUCAUUCAAUUGGCGCGCCGGUCGGUUCUAAGAAUGACUGGAAGAAUUUUGGGACGACACAUGUUCCCAACGGCCAGCCUGCAGGAGCUUCUGUGAACGGGGUGAAUGACUCGACCACCUCCAGCGUGUUUGCACAGUCGUUUUCGUCCCCAGCAAAGGCAACUGAUCCAGUGAAUGCUGCGGUCAAAAAGUCCGAGAAUCCAUUCGCAAAGCUUAACACUGCAGACGCCGGCAACUCGUCCAAGCCCGCCGAAAAUCCUUUUGCGAAGAUUCCCACCACCGCCACUGGUGCCACCUCUGAAUCUGCUUCCAAGGCUGCUGAGAACCCCUUUGCCAAGAUCACGACCACGACUCAAACAUCAACACCCUCGGCUCCGACAGUCAAGAAGUCUGACACACCUGCUGCGCCAAAGCUGGCGGGUAAUAUGUUUGCCGGUGCUCAAUCAUCGAAUACCAAUGGCUCGGUAGCUCCUCUUUCAAUGCCCAAGUUCGGCAACGGCACUGGCGGUGUGGACUUCAUGGCACAAUUCAAAAAGAAGGCAGAAGAGACUGCGGCCAAAGAAAAGGCCAAGCGGAAGGCAGAGGACUUCGACUCUGAUGAAGACGACGAGGAGGAAUGGGAGCGUCGUGAUGCUGAGCAGCAACGUGAGAAGCGUGCCAAGUUGGAGGGCGCUUCGAAAAAGAAGGCCGUUUUCGUUCCCGGCAAGGGCUUCUCAUUUGUUGAUGAGGACGAGGAACCGCAAGAGGACUCUUCUAAGAAGCUUGCGCUGCCCGCCCCUUCUCCUGCUCCUUCUUCUAGCUCGAUCUUUGAUUCUUCGAGCCAGCCCACGAAACCUCGAUCACCGAAGCGCCGUGUCUCCGGCGAUGGCAACGAUGAAGAAGUCGAUUAUGAGGCUGCUGGGCAUAAGUCUAAACGAACAAAGGCAACCGAAAAUGGCGAUACAAGCAAGUCUAGCCUGGACACACCCCUUCCGGCGCCGACUGCUGCAGCAAGCCGAAGCCUUUUCGACCGUAUCGAAUCCCCAACCCCAAGCAUUGCUUCUCCCAAGCCAGCUUCUGGCGGCAUCAACUUCGGUGCCUCUACCCCUUCUAAUUCGACAAACCCUUUCGCGUCUCUCGGCGCAAAGUCUCAGACUUCUCAGCUCUUUGGUGCCUCGUUUGGCACCGGCUCGUCCCAGCCAGCAUCUACCACUUCCCCAGCCCCGGCCGACAACACCUGGAAGCCCUCCACUCCUAUCAAGUUUGCCGCCGACGCGAACUCAACUUCCGCCCAAGCUUCCACUGAGGCAUCAGCUCAGACUUCUGGUGCUGAAAACGCCACCUCCGGAGCUGCAACACCUGAUGAGGAGGGUGGUGCGCCUGGUUCUAUAUUCGACAUGUCCUCCGCCAAUGCCGGCGAGGAAGAAGAGACCGUGGUCUUUGAAUGCCGCGCUCGCGCUUUCAAGCUGACCACUGGAUGGGUCUCCCAGGGCACUGGAGUUGUGCGACUGCUCAAGCAUCCCGGCACCGGUCGUGCCCGAGUUGUUCUCCGUGCUGAUCCUGGCGGCAACAUCAUCUUGAACACGCUUCUUAAGAAGGAGCUUGACUAUGCGCGUACCAGCAAUAGCAUGCAGUUCAUGGUUCCCCAGGCUGAUGGUAAGCCCGAGCAAUGGGCUGUUCGAGUGAAGGCCGAGUCGAUUGAGGCCCUCAACGGGCACUUCCAAGCUAUUAAAAAUUAG